UUCAGAGAAGCCAGAUAAACAUGGCACCGAAAGUUCCAGCAGCAAAGAAAGGCGAGAAGCGAGCGGGAAAAACUAAGUCGGCGGCAGUUGAUGGUUCGGCCAAGAAAAAGAGGAAGGGAAAGAGAAAGGAGAGCUAUGCGAUCUACAUCUACAAGGUCCUUAAGCAAGUUCAUCCCGAUACGGGUAUUUCUAGCAAGGCCAUGGGUAUCAUGAAUUCGUUUGUGAAUGAUAUCUUCGAGCGUAUCGCCAAUGAGUCUUCCCGCCUGGCGCACUACAACAAGAAGUCGACCAUCAGCUCCCGCGAGAUCCAGACCGCCAUCAGGUUGCUUCUGCCCGGAGAACUUGCAAAGCAUGCUGUCAGCGAAGGCACUAAGGCUGUCACCAAGUAUACCAGCAGCAAGUAAACAUCGACUCCAGCGUUGAUUCACAACAAAAACGGCUCCUUUAGGAGCCACCACAUGUCAUAAAAAGCAAUGUCCAACGUGUCAGUUCUUUAGUUAUUAACCCCUUCUGCUCCUUUAAUCGCCACACUACACAAGGCUUUCUUUUAAGCUUUCAGAUUUGAGAUAACUAUUAGAUUUAAGAGAAAUAUAUACAUAGAGUUUUUGUGUGUGUGUGUUUUUUUUUUUUGCAAAAUAAAACUGUUUACAGCAAUGAAUGGCCCAGUUCAAGUUCUUUAUGCUUUUCUUUAUAAAGGAUAGCUCGGAACGCUGCCUGUCAGUUUUUCACGCAAACUUUCCGUGUGCCGUCAACGUUUAUCGUGGACUAUUAUAAGACUCCCCGCAAAAAUCAACAAGCCAGUGGCACCUAAUGUCAUGUUCUCCGCGCGCGCAUAAUUUAACAGGCAGU